AAAAAUGCCCUCUUCAUCAGUGAAAGCUUCAGUACCUCCGUAAUAGGACUUGAGAUCGGAUGCAGGAAUGGCAAAUUUGCAAAAAACGCUAGCGAUUCUCUGUUUAUUAUUUGACCUGAAAACAGUUUCUUCGCAACAGUCUGACGCAUGUUUGACGGAGGAACUUACGCCUGCGAGAUGCGUUGGCAUCGAGUUCUGUCCCCUGUUAUUGCCUUUGGCCCAGGCAUCGGUACUUUCGCAUCGAGAAAAAGCGUUACUGACUAAACGCGUGUGUGGAAAGCAGAUGGUUUGCUGUGAGAAACCUUCCGGAAUGACUGAUAAACAACCAACAACAAGGGCCCCUGCACUAAUCAGGACCAAAACUCCGACUUCCGGGAAGAAAAUGACCUUGCCUGGAACAAAAAUGUGUGGACUUGACAACCUAGGGGAUAGAAUCUAUGAAGGCUCAAAACCCGAAAUAAAUCAGUACCCGUGGGCAGUUGCCUUGGAGUAUCGGAAUCAGGAACCUCCGGUUGUACAGUGCGGAGGGUCCCUGAUCAACACACGUUACGUCGUAACGGCUGCUCAUUGCGUAAAUCGAAAUAUUCUAAAAGAAGACCUAAUUGCCCGACUUGGCGAAUAUGAUCUGGAAAAGGACCCGGAUUGUGAACGUGACGAUCGCCAUGGCAAACAUUGUAAUCCAAACGUGAUUUUUGCCGCAAUCGCCGAAAUUAAAAUACAUCCCCUGUUUAGACGACAACGGAACGACAUUGCUCUCUUAAAAAUGCAAAAUGCUCUUCCUGAGAAUUAUUAUGAUCAUGUACAACCUAUUUGUCUUCCUAGAUCGGCAAAGCUUCAGCAGAACUUGUUCGACCACCAUAAUGUGACUGUUGUCGGGUGGGGUACAACAGAAACAGGAUCGCUUAGUCGUUACAAAAUGUGCGCUAAUCUGGUGACAAUCAGCGUGCAAAAGUGCAAAACCGAGCUGCGACGUACAAGGUCUAAGGUGAACGAAAAUCACAUUUGUGCCAAAUCGUUCGACUCAUCGAAACAAGACGCAUGCAGAGGCGAUUCCGGAGGUCCCAUGAUGGUUUCGUUAGACGGAAACUGGUACUUGAUAGGGGUUGUUGACUUUGGAUAUGUGUGUGGAAGAACAACGCUGCCCGGUGUGUACGCCAGGGUGACCAGCUACAUGGAUUGGAUCGAGGAUAACCUCGAAGAAUGAAAUAAUCAAUAAUAUUGAGUUUUUAUUAAAUUAGGAUCUUAACUGCAUUGUUGAGUCGCGGGGUGAUGUCGAACCGGGCACCGGUUCUGUGAGCGGAGUGGCGGAAUAAAAACAUUUAUUUUUCACUCGCUACAAAACUUAAUCAUUUUAUUUAGUCAAUCAAUCACACAAAUAUUCACAAAUAACAGUUUACUAACAAGUUCGGUGUUUUUUCACAGCUACUCUUCAUUGCUGCGCCCGUGCUCCCGCUAACCCAGAAUGUUUUCAACUUUUCUUCUCUUGAUUAGCGACAGCACGGGCACCAUAUAAACAAUAACAAACACUGACACUACGCAAAACAGGGGGCUGCUUCGGCGCCGUACGAGGGACGCGCUCCAUCGCAACAUGCAUUAUUUGGAAAAAAAAAAUGAUUUACGAGAACUUCUACUC